AUGAGUGAGACAAACGCUAGCACCGCGCUGGAAACAAAAUUAGUUCAAUUGCAACUAACGACGAAGCGAACGGACGGAAUUCUAGCAAAAGCCCAAGAAGAGCCUAUUGCUCAACGUCAGGGAACACUUAGAACUGUCAUUGACGAAGUGGACAAAUUAAGGCUUACGGUUGAAGCUGAAAAAUUAGGCAGAAAAGAGGACACUACCGAGUGGAAUGAGGAGAUUGAUAUCAAAAUCAGUGAGGCAGAUAGUCAUGUAAGACUGACGAAGGAAUGGUUGGCGGAAAACAAGAGGAAACUAGAGGAGAUGGAGAAAGAAGAGAAGAUCAAGUUUGAGGUAAAACUGCAUGACACUAAAGUAAAGUUACAAGAUGAACAUAUUCUUAAAAACACUUCGCAGACCAGUAAAACUUUCAUUGGAAUGCAAGCGAAAUUACCAAAGCUAGUGAUUUCGAAAUUUAAUGGUUCUCCUAUGGUUGGCCAAGGUUUUGGGGACAAUUCUCAGAGAACAUUGAUCAAUCCGCUAUUGCCCCAGUAACUAAGUUUUCUUACCUUCGCGAGUUGUUAGAGCCUAAAGUAUGACACACGGUGGUAUUUAACAGUGGUAUUUAACGAGUUUAAAGAACAGUUGACCCGAUCUCCCGAAGGAUGGUACGAGACCGCGUUACCAUGGAAACCAAACCAUCCCUAUCUUCCUAACAAUGAAUGUGGUAACCCGAAGCGACUCGGAAGUUUGACUAGAAGACUUCAACGCGAAAACUUGAUGGAGAAGUACGACGGCAUUAUACAAGAACAACUCGCUGAGAGGGUCAUUGAAAGAGUUCCACCUCCCGUGGUGACCGGAAGUGACCCAGUUCCACCCCCGUGGUGA